AUGGGCAUGAAAAAGAUCCCACCCUGCUCAAAGGACGAGUAUAGGUUUAAAUUUGCAUCCCAUCACCGACAAAUGGUGGUGUCUCCAAAUGAGCGAAGAAUUCUCGAGAGAGACAUUAAACAACAAACAUUAUUUGUUGCUGAUGUUUUUGAAAAAGAUCUCAUACGAUGGAAAGAGGAAGAUGGGGUUUUCAGUGAAAGCCACAGUUUCUCUGCAAUGCUGGAUAAAGUCCGAAAGCAACGUUACAUGACAUUUGUUGGUGUCCCAGGAUCCGGGAAAUCAGCAACGAUUCAUCACAUAGCCCUGAUCCUCCAGAAGGAAAAGUACGAGGUUGUGCCAACCAUAGACAUCAAGAAAAUUGAAGAUUAUUCUGACUCUCGUAAUCCACAGGUUUUUGUCAUUGAUGAUGUGGUAGGUGUGCAUGGUCUGCAAAAACAAAAGUUAGAGUCAUUAAUAGACUAUGAAAAAAGAAUUUCAGAUCCGCCCAAUAGAAAUACAAAGGUAUUAAUGUCAUGUAGGGAAGCCGUGUUUAAUGAAUGUUACAAAUCAUUUUUCUCAAAUGAAAAUAACACAAUUAAGAUGCAUAGUUCCGAAAAUAUAUUGAACGAUGAAGAUAAGAAAGCGAUCCUUCAGAAACACGGCUUGGCUAGAGAUUUGUUGACCCCUACAUUACUGGGAGGAACAUUGGAUAUGUUUCCUCUGCUGUGUAAACUAUAUUCAACAUUGGCAGCUAUGGAGGGUACAUACACAAAACUCUGUGGUACCGAGUACACCAUUAUUCAUGACUCUGUCUUUGAAAUCCUUGUGUAUCAUUAUGGAUGUCAGUUUCCAGAUCUUUUGUUGCAAUAUAUUAGCAGUAGUUACAUUGCUAAUAACGUGAAAGUACAAGAAUGUAAAGAAGAGUCAGAGGUUGAAUAUAAGCAAGAUGAAAAUGAAGAAUUUAGUGCUGAGGAGCAGGAAACAUUAAGUAGUGAAACAAUCCAGGACUCAUUUGAACUCUGCAUAAGGUUAAGAGAGGAUCAGUACCCAAUGUUAGCAGAGCGUUUGUACAGGGAUAUAGAAAAUAUGGAGCUGUAUGAUGUUUUUAUGAAUAAUGUUUUGAAACACCCCAGAGUUUGUCAGGCUUUUAUUGAGGUGUUAGAUACAAAAUCGUACACAGAUUUGAAGUCUUUAUUUCUGUCAGAACAGAAAGACGUGUUUAAGGUAGUGAGUAAAGGAGAGCGUGUGUGGAAGGAGAGUGAGAAGAGGGAAAUAUGGUACUGGGAGAGGGAUAGACAGCGUGUGUUGUUGAAUGAGAAGGGUGAUUAUAAAGAAAUAACAUGCAGUGUGAGGGUUAUAAGUUGGGUGGUUUACUACGGACACACUCAGAUCCUACAAUAUAUUUUAAAACAAACUGAAUUACACAAAGAAACAAAGAUUGAACUAUUUUGGAAUUCCUUAAACCCCUGGUUAAUCUAUGAAGCCAAAAAAGGAGAGAAUAAUGUGGAAACAAAUAUUGCAACAGACAUAUCUCUAUCAAACUCCAAUUCUGAUACAACAAAUCAAAAACAGGAAAAUAGUCGUUUAGUUUUUGAACAUGACCGCUUAUUUGUAUUGGGUUGUUACAGUGGUGAUUUAGAGACUGAGCUUAUAGAAGCCGGAGCUGAUGUCAAUCAACAAGGUGAGUAUACACCACUGAGAGCAGCAUGUAUUGGUGGACAUAUGAGUGUAGUGAAGGAGCUUAUAGAAGCCGGAGCUGAUGUCAAUCAACAAGGUGAGUAUAAUACACCACUGAGAGCAGCAUGUAAAGGUGGACAUAUGAGUGUAGUGAAGAUGCUUAUAGAAGCUGGAGCUGAUAUCAGUCAACAAGGUGAGUUUGAUACACAACUGACAGCAGCAUGUUGGGGUGGACAUUUGAGUGUAGUGAAGGAGCUUAUAGAAGCCGGAGCUAACAUCAAUCAACAAGGGGGGGAUGAUACACCACUGACAGCAGCGUGUGAGAGUGGACAUAUAAGUGUAGUAAAGGAGCUUAUAGAAGCUGGAGCUAGUAUCAAUCAGCUAGGUGAGUAUGAUACACCACUGACAGCAGCGUGUGAGAGUGGACAUAUAAGUGUAGUAAAGGAGCUUAUAGAAGCCGGAGCUAACAUCAAUCAACAAGGGGGGGAUGAUACACCACUGACAGCAGCGUGUGAGAGUGGACAUAUAAGUGUAGUAAAGGAGCUUAUAGAAGCUGGAGCUGAUAUAAAUCAGCUAGGUGAGUAUGAUACACCCCUGACAGCAGCAUAUAGGGGUGGACAUAUGAGUGUAGUGAAGGAGCUUAUAGAAGCUGGUGCUGAUAUCAAUCCUCAAGAUGGGUAUAAUACACCACUGACAGCAGCAUGUGAGGGUGGACAUAUUAGUGUAGUGAAGGAGCUUAUAGAAGCCGGAGCUGAUAUCAAUCCUAAAGAAGCAGGAGCUUAUAUUAAUCUACAAGGUAAAUAUGAUACACCACUGUCAGCAGCAUGUGAGGGUGGGCAUAAGAGUGUAGUGAAGGUGCUUAUAGAAGCCGGAGCUGAUAUCAAUUCUAAAGGUACGUAUCAUACACUACUGAUAGCAGCAUGUAAGGGUGGACAUAUGAGUGUAGUGAAGGAGCUUGUAGAAGGCGGAGCUGAUAUCAAUCUUAAAGGUACGCAUCAUACACCACUGACAGCAGCAUUGAAGGAGCUUAUAAAAGCCGGAGCUAAUAUCGAAUUACAAGAUUGGUAUGAUACACCACUGACAGCAGCAUGUAAGGGUGGACAUAUGAAUGUAGUGAAUGUGCUUAUAGAAGCCGGAGCUGAUAUCAAUCAAAAAGGUAAGUAUGAUACACCACUGUCAGCAGCAUCUAAGGGUGGACAUAUGAGUGUAGUGAAGAAGUUACUAGAAGCGGGAGCAGAUAACAUUCUACAAGAUAAGUCAGAAACACCAACGACAACAGCCCAUUGA